ACUGAUUCAAGAAAAAUUAAACCGACCAAAUAGUGAAGAAGGUGCAAACAAUUUGUACCAGGGGGGAGUAAGAUUUUAAAUAACCGCAGUUUAUUUGCGUCUACACGCUGGAAGCUCAAACUUCAACGUCAUCCAGCGACCUGGACGCACCAACGCCAUAACGAACUGUCAAUUUAAUGUAACGUUAAAUACGUGAAUUCGGCCUGACACAUCUAAUUAUUGCGUAUCUACGCUUGUGGCGUAGGUUUACCAUUCACAGAAAGUUACACAUUUAACGCCUGGCGUUUAUUCGAGGCAUAGGAUUGGACACCAGACCACAACUAACUAUCGUGAGGCAAGAAGAAGAUGCUGCUACAUAUUGGAGGAAAGCGCUCUGCCCUGGGCCUGUUGGCCAUCAGGAGGGCGUGGUAUAUGACCCGAUCCGCCCACACCGCACCUCAGACACUGGAGUACAAACCCAUCAAAAAGGUCAUGGUAGCCAACAGAGGAGAGAUUGCCAUCCGUGUUUUCCGGGCAUGCACAGAGCUGGGGAUCCGCACGGUUGCCGUCUACUCCGAGCAGGACACGGGUCAGAUGCACAGACAAAAGGCAGAUGAGGCUUACCUAAUCGGCAAGGGAUUGCAACCUGUAGCUGCCUACCUGCAUAUACCAGACAUCAUCAAAGUGGCCAAGGAGAAUGACGUGGAUGCCAUUCACCCAGGCUACGGCUUCCUUUCAGAAAGAGCAGAUUUUGCCCAGGCAUGUGCUGAUGCUGGGGUACGUUUUGUUGGCCCCAGCCCAGAGGUGGUGCGCAAGAUGGGAGACAAAGUCGAGGCCCGUGCCAUUGCCAUAAGUGCAGGUGUGCCGGUGGUACCUGGAACAAACGCUCCCAUCUCGACUUUGCAGGAAGCUCAGGAGUUCUCUAAAACCUAUGGCUUCCCAAUUAUCUUCAAGGCAGCAUACGGCGGUGGAGGCCGGGGAAUGCGUGUAGUCAGGGAGUAUGAGGAACUGGAGGAGAACUAUCAGCGGGCGUACUCUGAGGCACUUGCAGCCUUUGGCAAUGGAGCUCUGUUUAUGGAGAAGUUCAUAGAGAAACCCAGACAUAUCGAGGUCCAGAUCCUGGGAGAUAAAUACGGCAAUGUCAUUCACUUGUACGAGAGGGACUGCUCCAUCCAGAGGAGGCACCAGAAGGUGGUGGAGAUCGCCCCGGCCUCGCAACUCGACCCGCACCUCAGAGACCGACUGACCGCUGACUCCGUUAACCUCGCCCGACAGGUUGGUUAUGAAAAUGCAGGCACAGUGGAGUUCCUGGUGGACAAACACGGUAAACACUACUUCAUCGAGGUCAACUCUCGUCUCCAAGUGGAGCACACAGUUACAGAGGAGAUCACAGAUGUGGAUCUGGUACACGCUCAGCUGCGAGUAUGUGAAGGUCGCAGUCUGCCAGAGCUGGGCCUGAAACAGGACAAGAUACGGAUCAAUGGAUAUGCAAUCCAGUGCCGUGUGACCACUGAGGACCCAGCACGUGGCUUCCAGCCUGACACGGGGAGACUGGAGGUCUUCCGAAGUGGAGAGGGCAUGGGAAUCAGGUUGGACAGCGCCUCUGCCUUCCAGGGUGCACUCAUUUCCCCUCAUUACGAUUCCCUCCUGGUUAAAGUGAUCGCCAGCGGAAACGACCUGCCAGCUGCCUCUGCCAAAAUGAGCAGAGCGUUAGCGGAGUUUCGGGUCCGUGGGGUCAAGACCAACAUCCCCUUUCUCCAGAAUGUGCUGAGUAACAGUCAAUUUCUGAACGGGACAGUAGACACUCAAUUCAUCGAUGAGAAUCCAGACUUGUUCAACCUCAAACCAGCCCAGAACCGAGCCCAAAAACUGCUGCACUACCUGGGUCAUGUUAUGGUGAACGGCCCGACUACUCCGAUUCCCGUCAAGGCUAAACCUUCUCCCAUCGAUCCAGUCAUCCCACCAGUACCUCUUGGUGAGCCACCAGUGGGUUUCAGGGAUGUGUUGCUGAGAGAGGGUCCAGAUGGAUUUGCGAAGGCGGUGCGUGCCCACCGGGGUCUGCUGCUUAUGGACACCACGUUCAGAGACGCCCACCAGUCCCUCUUGGCCACUCGCGUACGCACUCACGACCUCAAGCGAAUCGCGCCGUUUGUGUCUCACAACUUCAGCAACCUAUUCAGUGUGGAAAACUGGGGAGGUGCUACGUUUGAUGUGGCAAUGCGUUUUCUGUGCGAAUGUCCCUGGAAGAGGCUGCAGGAGUUGAGGGCCUUGAUGCCAAACGUGCCUUUUCAGAUGCUUCUGAGAGGUGCCAACGCCGUUGGAUACACCAACUACCCUGACAAUGCCGUCUACAAAUUCUGCGAGGUGGCCAAAGAAAACGGCAUGGACAUCUUCCGCGUUUUCGACUCUCUGAACUACCUUCCCAACAUGCUCUUGGGGAUGGAAGCAGCCGGAGCGGCAGGAGGAGUGGUGGAGGCAGCCAUCUCGUACACGGGUGAUGUCUCUGACCCCACCAGACAGAAAUACUCCUUGGACUACUAUCUCAAACUGGCAGAUGAGCUGGUUAAAGCUGGAACUCACAUUCUUUGUAUCAAGGAUAUGGCGGGUCUGCUGAAGCCCGACUCCAGCAGUUUGCUGGUGGGUGCGUUGAGAGACCGCUUCCCUGAUGUGCCCAUACACGUGCACACGCACGACACCGCAGGGGCCGGCGUGGCCGCCAUGCUGGCGUGCGCGAAGGCCGGGGCUGACAUUGUGGACGUGGCGGUGGACUCCAUGGCCGGGAUGACGUCCCAACCAAGCAUGGGUGCAAUUGUGGCGUGUACCAAAGGCACUGAACUCAAUACUGGCAUCUCUCUCGAGAAAGUUUUUGACUACAGUGAGUAUUGGGAGGUGACCCGGGGCCUUUAUGCUCCAUUUGACUGCACAGCGACCAUGAAGUCUGGGAAUGCUGAUGUCUAUGAGAAUGAGAUCCCAGGUGGCCAGUACACCAACCUCCAUUUUCAAGCACACAGUAUGGGGCUGGGGAACAAGUUUAAGGAGGUAAAGAAAGCCUACACAGAAGCCAACAAGCUGCUCGGAGACCUCAUCAAAGUAACUCCCUCCUCUAAAAUUGUGGGCGAUCUGGCACAGUUCAUGGUGCAGAACUCUCUGAGUCGGGCGGAGGUGGAAGAGAGGGCGGAUGAGCUGUCUUUCCCCCUCUCCGUGGUGGAGUUCCUGCAAGGGCACAUCGGCAUCCCACACGGAGGCUUCCCUGAGCCCUUUAGGUCAAAGGUUUUAAAGUCUCUGCCCCGUGUGGAGGGCCGUCCUGGAGCUUCUCUCCCCGCAAUGGAUUUCCAAGCUUUGGAGAAGCAACUGCGAGAAGCCCACGGGCAUAAAAUCACCCCAGAGGAUGUGAUGUCAGCAGCCAUGUACCCGAAAGUGUUUCAGGAGUACAAAGAUUUUACUAAAACCUUUGGCCCUGUGGACUGUCUCGACACCAGAAUUUUCCUGGACGGACCCAAGAUUGCUGAAGAGUUUGAGGUGGAACUGGAACGAGGCAAGACUCUCCACAUCAAAGCUUUGGCUCUGGGAGAUCUUAAUAAAGCCGGUCAGAGAGAGGUUUUCUUCGAGCUCAACGGUCAGCUCAGAUCCGUACUUGUCAAGGACACCGUGGCCAUGAAGGAGAUGCAUUUCCAUCCUAAAGCCCUAAAGGACGUCCGCGGACAGAUAGGAGCUCCUAUGCCUGGCAAGGUGGUGGAGGUGAAAGUGAAGCAGGGUCAGAAGGUGGAGAAAGGGCAGCCGCUGUGCGUCCUCAGCGCCAUGAAGAUGGAGACGGUGGUUAACUCGCCGCUGUCUGGCACCGUGGCCAAGGUGUACGUGACCGCCGACAGCACCCUGGAAGGAGAUGAUCUGAUUCUGGAGAUCACUGAAUAGAUAUCAAGACCUGUAGCAGGGAACAUGACACAUCAUCACUGCCAACCCCUGCAACGCUAAACACAAACUCGCACACUAAAAUCAACACAGUUACUAUACAUACGGCAGACACAUUACCUAACACGUUUAUUUUUAAAGAAUCUGUCAACAGUAUGCGCUUAUUCGAAAUCCUUCAUCACUUUUAUUGUCUGUGAGAAGGAUGCGAACUAGCGUUUUGCUUUUUUUAGUAACAGCUGCUAAUGUUUGUUAAUUGUUAAUGAGAGUAGUGAUCACUAAAAGAUUUAUGCUAAGAAUGAAGCAAUAAAUAAAUAACCGAAUUAGUCUUAAUAUAGGCCGCGUUUCUGUGUGUCUUACACACAGUAUGCAAUCGUUUACAUGAAUGCACUAUAAAAUGGUUCUUUAGAGCUAACAAAAAUCCCAAUCAUCCAAAAUUUAUCCUAUACACAGUCCAUACCCCUAACUAGAGCACAAAUUGUCUUUUUGAGCACAGUUGCAGAUGAAUAUUCAUCCUUAAGUCUUAUUAUAGAGUAGCGUAAAUUAUCGACCAGUUAAUUGACAAAUAGCAGUGUUAUAAAUACCCGCUCUUCUUUAACCAAUGGCCUUGCUCAUUUAAUUGGUCAGACAGAUAAAUGCUCAGACACGAGUGUGUUGAGUUCCAUUGAGGGCAAUGAUGAUCGAUGGCUUUAUAUUUAAGAGCACUUAUAGACUCUUUGGGGACUGCAGGGAACACUCGGUUGAAAUGCAGACUUUAGGGGGACCUUCAUUUCCCAGGACUCAUCUCAUGCUUCGGUUUCAAUCCCUCCCUUAAUGCGAUUUUAUUUCGCUGUCCCGUUACAUUCCCCUAAGCAACAGAUGCCUCGUGGCCGCUAUAUUGGCACAAAUAGCUGUAUUCUCCAGCAUUGUCUAAUUUCCCAUGUUGAACACAAUUGAUAUAAUUUGUAACUGAUAAUGAGAGGUUUGAUUUAAUGGCCCGUUUAAUUGAAAGCACUCGUCCUGGAAUCUACGAGAUGCUUGGCUGUUCCCGCUGAAGAGGUCCACCGGGCAGCAUCAGAAAUAGCCGAAACAAUCUCGACCCUAAGUAGACCACUUCUUCGACAAGGACCAAUAGCUUGUAACUUGGAUGUGUUCACGUGAUUUAUGGAGAGUAGAGCAGUAUGGUGUUUCAAUGCACACCCACAAAUGUGAUGCCAUUAAAAUGGGCAAAUGGUUUUUUGAGAGAUACUGUACCGCUUAUGAUUUUGGAUCAUCAUAGAGCCCUGAACAUCUGUGAGUGAAUGUAGUAAACUGUUCUCAUCAUAAUCAUCAUCAGAUUUUCACUGUGUUUAAUAUGAACAUUUGUACCACCUGACGGCAAAUACAUCUCUAUUAACUUGUGUAUCACAACAGGCACAAAAUUGUUGGGAGGGGGAAGCACCAUGUUGUCUUUUUGACUUUAUUUGGUUCCAGUAUCUGUUUAGGGCACAGGCGGGGGUGUUGGAAAGGCUUUGGAGAAGUCCUUGAUGUUUUCAGGCUGUUUGCUCGUCCUGUUAACCCUCUCGGCUCGUCUAUAAGAGUUUUUGAGAUGACAAGUGGAUAAAGCCGGGCUUAUAAAAUACAACAAUGCAUUAUUUGAUCAAAGUUGGGUCAUUGGCAAUCCUAAUAUAGCAUUGAACGUAGCUGGUUUGUUCUUUAGACACAAUGGUAACUUACAGGGUAAAAUAUAUUUCUGUGUUAAUAGAUCUUUUAACUUGAAAUGUUUUUUGGGGAACUGGAACUGAUUUGUGUGAGAUUUUGGAUGUGAUGCCUUUAAUAGUAGCCUACAUUUAUUAUAUGUGCAUUGAAUGUGUUUUUUUUCUUCUGUGAAUUCAUCUCUUUCCAUCUGUUUUGAUAAUGAAUAUUACAACAUAUGCAAAUACUAAUUAACUGUACUCUCAUGUUCGUUUAUCAUAGAUAAGUGUUGGAGAACAAAAUAAAUGAAUAAAAGGAGAAUAAU